ACAGAAAUGGCCAGUCUGACGCGACUGUUUCCGUUCCUCAGAACCUUCUAGACGCGGACCGAAGAGAACCUGGCCACCAGCCGCAGCAUCUGUGCGCCAAGGCGAGGUAGGCAGGCUCGGGUUCUAGGGGCGGCGGCCUUGCUCGCCCGGUAUGGACCAGAGGAAGGCCAUCUUCCGCGCGAAGCUCCGCGAGACCAAGGAGAAGCAGCAGCAGCGGCGCAUCGACCCCGCGCUCGUCAGGUAUAACGAAUUUGAUCAGCCUAUAUGCAGAGUUUGCAAUAUUACGCUAAAGUCUGAAGCACUUUGGCCUGCACACCAAGUGUCACGGAAGCAUCAUGAGGCAAAAGCAGCAGCCGCCGCCGCCGCUAAGGCUGCAACAAGUGCAGGAUCUAGAGGCAACAGUGCCAAGCAAGAGCAACCAUUGGAGUCUCAGAAACAAAAAUCUUCCACACUACCUACCAAUUUUUUUGAUAAUCAGGGAACUAAAAGGCAAAGUGAUGAUGCUGGUUCUGAGGGAAGGUCUGUGCGCCGAGAAGUUGCUGUUGUUCAACCGAAGACCAUAGAACCAAGUACUGGUAAAUCAUCUGUUAGGAUGGAUCAAAUGUCAAAGAAAGGGAGUCAAGGCAAUACCAGUGUCAAAGGAACCCUUCCAGCGAAUUUUUUUGACUAUGGAGAAGAAGAUGAAGCUCCAGCUCCAGUUCCAAAAGAGCUUAGUACAUCUCAAACUGUUGCUGGUUCCAUUCACACGAAGGUGAAAGGCGUCCCUGAUGGCUUCUUUGAUCACAACAAAACUGGCAGUGGCAUGCAACCCAAUGAACCAAGUUCAGAAACUGCUCAAAUAAAAGGAUCCUUGCCUGAAGGUUUCUUUGAUAACAAAGAUGCAGAUCUCCGUGCACGUGGUAUCCAACCUCAAAAAGUUGACAUGAAUGAUGCAUACAAAGAAUUCGAGAAGGAAAUUCAGGAGGAUUUGCAGGAAGUUGAUGACCGCCUUGAAGAAGAGGAGAUUGAUGCUGCUGCUGAGAGGGAGGAGUACUUGACUCUAGAGCAACAGGAGUACAGGCAGCAAGUUGAUAUGUUGAAGAAACAGCUAGUAGAGUCAAAAGCCACCCGUACUGCUAAAUUAAAUAGCAAACCUAUCGGUAUGGAUGCUGAGUCCAGCAGCAGCGAAUCAUCAAGCGAUGAGGAGGAUGACAACACAGAUUUUGCUGUUGAUUGGAGAGCACAGCAUUUGAAAUGAUGGAAACAUUUUGCAACUGGUAUGAACUACCGUGGAAAGUCAGAACCUUUAGCAUCCUGCCAUUGUCGAGAAUUCUAGCCCAGUUCUUCAGUUUUUUUACAUGAAGAAAACACUGUAGUUUUGCAUCUUUCGUCUCCCACAGUAGUAACCACUUCCCAUCAUUCUGUGUAGCACCCAUUGGCAACUUUGUAUACACCGGAGUUCUGAGUCUUCUGACUACCUCAACCAGGCUGCGAAUCCCUUGACUGAUUGAACCUUGUUGGUUGUAGCACAUUCUGACCAACGGUUUAACUUGUUCCAAGAAAUUUUACACGUUGCUUCCGAUUUUGUACAAUAGGAACACAUGUUAAGCAAGUUAUCUGCCUCUAGAUCACGAUACCGUCAAAGAUUUGCUCGUGCAUUUCAAUCUUUGCUGUCGUCA